AUGACUUGUCAGGUCAUGGGAGGACUUGUGAUGGACGUGGGAGGACUUGGAGGACUUGUGAUGGACUUGAAAGGUCCCAUGAGAGCACCAGCCAACCUGCGAGCCACCACCAGGUGGGACUACGCCCCAGACAUCUGCAAGGACUACAAAGAGACUGGGUUCUGUGGCUUCGGUGACAGCUGCAAGUUCAUGCAUGACCGAUCCGACUACAAGUUCGGCUGGCAGCUGGAGAGAGAAUGGGACGAGGGAAGUUCAGCAAAGAAGAAGGUAAGUAAAUAUGAGAUUGACAGUGAUGAGGAUGAUGGCCUACCGUUCAAAUGUUUCAUCUGUCGACAGUCUUUUGACAAACCAGUUGUUACAAAGUGCAAGCAUUACUACUGUGAAAAGUGUGCACUGAAACACUACAAAAAGAGCAAGAGGUGUUUUGUGUGCGGCACGCAGACGAACGGUAUCUUCAACGUAGCCAGAGUGCUGAUUGCCAAACUUGAAAAAGACCAAGCAGCAGGGUCACGAUGGCGGUCCUUCCCAGGAGACUGA